UGAUUUUGAAGGGGGGCUGAAUAUUCAUCUUGACCAGAGCUCCAAAAUAUAAAAACCAAAAAAAAGAAAAAGAAAAAGGAAAGGCGCAGUAGUAUACGAAAAAGCAGUUCGCUGACUGAAGAACGUCAAAUUUGUUCAAGGAGAGCAGAUCUCGUUUCUCAUCUUAGUGGAUCGGAGCUCCGGCGAGAUCUCAGCCAUGCCGGUGGCGGCGUCCGCGAUUUACUUCCUCAAUCUUCGCGGCGAUGUCCUCAUCAAUCGCCUAUACCGUGACGACGUCGGAGGCAACAUGGUGGAUGCUUUCCGAGUCCAUAUCAUGCAAACAAAGGAACUUGGCACUUGUCCUGUUCGGCAGAUUGGGGGAUGCUCAUUCUUUUACAUGAGAAUUAGCAAUGUCUAUAUCGUGAUUGUAGUAAGCAGCAAUGCAAACGUCGCUUGUGCAUUCAAGUUUGUCGUUGAGGCUGUCACAUUAUUUAAAUCAUAUUUUGGAGGAUCUUUUGAUGAGGAUGCCAUCCGCAACAACUUUGUUCUGAUAUAUGAACUGUUAGAUGAAAUUAUGGAUUUUGGUUAUCCUCAAAACCUUUCUCCUGAAAUCUUGAAGCUUUAUAUAACUCAGGAAGGUGUGCGUUCUCCUUUUUCAUCCAAGACUGCUGAUAAACCAGUUCCAAAUGCAACUUUACAAGUUACUGGUGCUGUUGGGUGGCGCAGGGAGGGCCUUGUAUAUAAGAAAAAUGAGGUAUUUCUUGAUAUUGUGGAAAGUGUCAAUCUUCUUAUGUCUUCAAAAGGCAGUGUUCUACGCUGUGACGUAACAGGGAAGAUUCUUAUGAAAUGCUUCCUUUCCGGAAUGCCUGAUUUGAAAUUGGGAUUAAAUGAUAAAAUUGGACUCGAGAAAGAAUCACAGCUCAAAUCCCGCCCUGCUAAGAGUGGAAAAACUAUUGAGCUUGAUGAUGUCACUUUCCAUCAAUGUGUGAACCUUACAAGAUUCAAUUCGGAGAAGACUGUUAGUUUUGUUCCUCCAGAUGGUGAAUUCGAAUUGAUGAAGUAUCGUAUAACAGAGGGAGUUAAUCUUCCAUUUCGGGUAUUGCCAACUAUCAAGGAACUGGGUCGAACACGCAUGGAAGUGAAUGUGAAGGUGAAGAGUGUCUUUGGGGCAAAAAUGUUUGCACUUGGAGUGGUUGUUAAGAUUCCAGUUCCAAAACAAACAGCAAAAACAAGUUUUCAGGUGACAUCAGGGAAGGCAAAGUACAGUCCUUCUAUUGACUGUUUGGUCUGGAAGAUAAGAAAAUUUCCAGGGCAAACUGAGCCGACAUUGAGUGCUGAAGUAGAGCUAAUAUCCACAAUAACUGAAAAGAAGUCCUGGACACGGCCUCCAAUUCAGAUGGAAUUUCAGGUUCCUAUGUUUACAGCAUCUGGAUUGCGUGUUCGUUUCCUGAAGGUAGUUGCUAGUCUUCAUAUGAUAUAUCUAAUCAAAUCUAGGAUUGCUAUUACUUUAUCCUACACUUUUCUGCAGGUAUGGGAAAAGAGUGGCUACAACACCGUGGAAUGGGUUCGUUACAUUACAAAAGCGGGUUCAUAUGAAGUUAGAUGCUAAAGCAAAUAGAAGAGUUCUAAUGGCAUGUUUUGGGAGAGGACACAGAAGGAACUAUCCUUGAUAUACAUGGCCCAAUGAAGUUCUGUACCUGCACUAUGUAUUCUCUAAGGUAAAGGUUAUUCGGUGAAACAAGAAAAUAUAAAGGUAGUUCGGAUUGAGUCGAUGUUUGUUUACAGCGGCUGACUGUACACGUACAGACACACACUUGUUCAUUUGAAAUUUGUUUGCAAAACUUUCUUGUAUAGUGUAGGCAACAUAAUUAGGUACUAUUGUAUUCAUGUCAUGAUUGGAAGUUGGAACUGUAGGAGCUGUGUUUUUGUUA